AUGGCAUCGAAGAAAGCCUCAGACCUCAAAAUCGCCCGCAUUGACGUCUACCAAGUCGACCUAGGCUACAGCGGCGAAGUCUACCGCCUCUCCGGUGGUCGAGAGCUCAGCAGCUUCGACGCAACCAUCGUUCGAAUCACAACACAAACCGGAAUUGAAGGCUGGGGAGAAAGCACGCCGUUUGGAUCAACAUACAUCGCCGCGCACCCCUUAGGCAUACGAGCCGCAAUCGCUGAGCUGGCACCUAAGCUGAUCGGUCUCGAUCCCCGCCGAACGGACCGCAUCGACGAUGUUAUGGAUGCGAAUCUUGUCGGCCAUGAGUCUGCCAAGUCGGCGCUCAAUGUUGCGUGCUGGGAUAUCUUUGGGAAGUCAGUGGGGUUGCCUGUCUGCGAGCUGCUGGGUGGGAGGACGGAUGCACAGAUGCCGAUUAUCUGUUCAUUGUCUGCUGGCUCGCCACAAGAAAUCGGAGAGGAGCUGGCCUCAUUCCGAUCAAGAGGGUAUACAGCAUUCUCAGUCAAGAUCGGAGGCAAAGAUCCAGCAGAAGACGUCGAGAGGAUGAAGACUGCCCUUUCAGGACGAAAGCCCGGUGAUUUCUAUACAAUCGACGCCAACGGCGGCAUGACCGUCGAAGGCGCCCUUCGAAUGCUUCGCCUCAUUCCACAGGAUCUAGACUUCGUCCUCGAGCAGCCAUGCGGAACAUGGAGAGAAUGCCUCGCCCUCCGCCGCCGCACCAACGUCCCCAUCAUCUUCGACGAGCUGGCAACGAACGAAGCCUCGCUCAUCCAGAUAAUCCGCGACGACGCCGCAGAAGGCAUCAGCAUGAAAAUCGCAAAGUGCGGCGGUCUGACCAAAGCUCGUCGCCAGAGAGACCUGUGCGUCGCGGCGGGAUACACGAUUGGCGUGUUCGACUCUGCUGGCUCGGAUAUUGCGUUCGCGGCGAUUGUACAUCUCGCGCAGACGGUUCCUGAGAGGUUCUUGCAUUGUGUCUUUGAGUGUCGGGAGAUGUCGACGGGGAAGACGGCGGAUGGCGAAUAUACGCAUGGUGGAGGGCGUAUUCGGGCUCCGGAUGCGCCGGGGCUGGGGGUUACGCCGAGGAUGGAUGUGCUUGGGGAGCCUGUGGCGAGUUAUUCGUAG